GAGCGUGCCCGCUCAUUGGCGUUGAUGCGCCAAUUGGCGUCCUGGUCCUUCAAGGAGGGCGGUCUCCACGAGCAGCUUGUUCAGUUUGAGGAGGCUGUGGCAAGCUAUGAGACCGCGAGCUCCAAGGUGUACCCAGAGGACUUGGUUAUUGCCAGCGUGGUUGGAGGGCUAAAAGAACCCCUUCAGUCACAGGUGCAGCUGAGGAUGACAAGUACAACUACAUAUCCGGAGAUCCGCUCCUGGAUUCUCCAAUACGAGGCGGUGAACACGCCGUGGUCGACGACACUCAGCUCGCGAGGCGGAGGUGGUUCGAGCCAUGGCGGCCCUCAGCCUAUGGAGGUGGACCAGAUCUGGGCAAAAGGCAAGGAUGGAAAAGGCAAGAAGGGGGACCCCAAGGGCAAAGGCAAAGAUGGCAAAGGCAAGAAGGGCGACAAGGGCAACGGCAAGUACGGCCAGCCAAGUGGAUGGAAGCAGCAGCCUGGGCAGUGGACUCAGCAAGGGCAGUGGAGCCAGCCAGGUGGAUGGAAGCAACAGCCUGGGCAGUGGAAUCAGCAAGGCCAGUGGGGCACAAAAGGUGGCGGUGGAUACAAGCAGCAGCAAGGAGGCCAAAGCAAAGGCGGCAAGGGCAAGGGAAAAGGGCAGUGCCACGUGUGCGGCCAGACCGGCCACUGGAAAUGGGAGUGUCCGUUCAAGGGCAAAGGAAAAGGGGUCAACCAGGUCGACGCGUCGUCUUCGAGCGCUUCGACGGCCCCGUCGGCAACCAGUACCAGCACGGCGCCCUCCUCGGCAACGGCUUUCAACAACAAGGACAAGGCAGGUGGCUAUGGCGUGAACCGGGUGGAGGUUAGCCUGGGAACCCCUCCUGGCUGUGGGGUGACCCAGCUCUUUGACAUUAGCGAGCUGGAGGAUGGAGAGGACUUUAACAACUUCUCCUUGGAGCCGGCCGAGGUGAUGAUGAUCCGAGCCUCUAAGCCCAGCUGGCUGGACACGCUUGAUGAGGACUGGGGUGUGGAAGCAGCACCCUUGGCAGCCAGCCAAGGCCCGGAGGAGUUCGCGAUGGAUGCCAGCGACUGGGACGGUGAUUGGACUGUUCCCUGGUACGAGCCCAAUACGCAGGAGGAGGUGAUAGUAAGCAUCCGGGCUGUCAGGGCCCACGGGCGCGAGGUUGAAGUGGUGGUCGACUCGGGCGCUGAUAUUUCAGUGGCUCCCUGUGCGUUUGCCGACCUGGGUUCCCCAGGCACCCCAGCAGCCGUCACCAUGCACGACGCCCAGGGCAAGGAGAUCGUGGAGCUUGGCAACCGAGUUUUGGACAUUGAGGUUCGCAGCCUCGAGGGCGAGACGGUGACGAUCAGGGAGAAGUUCGCGGUGGCGAACGUUGGUUCGCUGAUCCUCUCCCUUGGGAGGCUUUUGCGUUGGGGCUGGGAGCUAGGGCAUGAAGGAGGAGGCCCGGUUAUCAAGAGAGACGGGCGCAAUACCUUGACCAUGUUGGGCAUCGUCUCCUUGAUCAGCGCCUCUUGCUGCCAGCCAGCAGCAGAAGCAGCCACGGUGAAUGCCGCGAGUGUGUUUGAUGAUUUUGGUGCUCUUCCCCCUGAGGCGGAGGAACUUGUUGCCCGGCCUGGGUGGCAUAUCCUGGGAAGUGGUUUGCCCUUCUUGGUGGCCCACAGAACGGAGACAAUGCACUGGGAACAGAACCUCUGGUCCUCAGAGGAUUGGUCUUGGGCAGCGGUGUUUGUGCGAGCAGAGCCUGCAACUAGACUUCCCCGAGCAGGUGACCUAUGGUACCAGGUGGCUGCCCUGCAGACCAACACCCUGGAGGCAAUCCCGGAGACGGUCAGCGACUUCAAUGACGAGCUGGCCGGCCCUCGCGAUGUAUGUGUUCUUUUCCAUGUUAGCGAGCUGCCCAAGGACCUUCUUAGCAGACCUCAGGAGUUUUUCAAGGAAAGCCGGGAUGACAACGGGAACAUGGACAUUGCAGUUCCCUUGGGCGAGGUCGAAGGUGGAGCCGGCGCUAUGCCUGAAGAGGUGGUUGCAGCAGAACGCGAGCUUGCUGAAGAGGAGCCCGACGGGGAGGUGAUGGAUGGAGCGACUUUGGCGUUCGAGACUCCUUUGCGUGAUCUUCGGUCGCUUUGCCAGCGACAAGGACUGGCCACCAGCGGCAGCAAAGCAAAGGUGCUCAGGAGGCUCAAGCAGCAUUAUGAGGUGCUGGAGCGGCAGCUUGCGGGCCAGUUGGCCCACAAACUUUUCAUGGAAGAAGACCGCCCUCCUGACCUUCCUCGUGCUUCCCCGCACCAACACCAGAGCAACCAAAAGGGAGAAGCACAGGAGGAAGCUGAUGAUGGGAUCCCGCUCUUCCAGAUUGACUACGCCUACACCUUUACCAAGAAGCGGGCUGAGGACGACGGAGAUGAAGAAAGGGAGCAAAGCGAGGAGCAGCAGGUGGACCCAGUGGACUACCAGGACCAGUACGGGCUUACUUUGGUUGGGGCUGAGAAGCAAACUGGCUGGUGCAUUGCUAUUCCGGUCCUGCAGAAGGGGUCGGCAGCUCUUCGGCGAGUUGUGGAGCAGCUGACGAGAUACACCAUGCAGGUGUGCCCGGCUGGACCUGUGAUAUUCCAAGGGGACCCGGAGGCAAGCAUAAAGCAGAUUGUGAAUGCGGUGGCGGCCUGCAGAAGCAAGCUCGGCCUUGAGACGCAGACACGCUUUAUCCCAAGGGCGUCGCGCCAAAGCAACGGCAUGGUUGAGAAGAUGGUCCAGACGGUGCGCAAUGGAGGCCGAACUUUGCGGCACAAGGGGGACUUGCAGUGGCGGCGCGGAGUCUAUGUGGGCCAGAAUGAAAGGAAUGCUGCGAGCAUUCUUUUGACUCCCGAUGGUGCCCAUGAAGCCAGGAGCAUAAGAAGGCUUCCGGUGGAGGAGCAGUGGAAUGGUGAGUUUGUGGUGUCUGCGAAAGGGCUGCCUUGGGACUACCAAGGGGUGAAGAAGAGGAAGAGACCUCUCUACACGUCGGCGCGGCCGGCCCUGUUGCCGGACACGGCUUCCUUGGAGGAGCUGGCUAAGGAGGAAGCGCGUGUGGCCAUGGACACAAGCACAGCAAGAGGAGGAGAAGGAGGACUCUUUCCCCCAGGGUUUGCCGGAGUUCGGGAGGUCACGGGCGACAUCGGCCCAGAGGAGCUGAGUGGAUUUUCUGCUUGGCAAGACGAGGUUGCCACGUUUGGAGGCGAGCUUGAGUUUGAGCACGGUGGUUCCGGUGAAGAGUGGGCCCCGGACUGGGACCCUGAUGCUGAGAGGCCACCCGACCUUCAGGGCGAAGACCUGGAGCAGGUGGAUCGGGCGGCAGAUUUGACGGAGCUCACCAGACUCCUCCAAAUGGGGGUGCUGAGAAAGCCGGGAGAGACCGAGGAUGUGCGGCAGUACACCCACCUCACCACCAAGGUCGUGAGAGAUUGGCGCAAGAGACCGGGGUGGACGCGAAGAUCAAGGCUUGUCGCUAGGGAAUUUCGCAGCAAUGCUCCCUGGUCAGAAGAAAUGUUCGCUCCUGCAUCCAGUUUGGGGGUGGUCCACAGUUUCCUCAUUUGGGCCAUCUCGGCAGGCCUUGAGGUGGUAAGCCUCGACAUAAAGGACGCCUACUUGCAGGUUCCUCAACCAGCACCUGCAAUAAUCACCGUCGACGCUCGGAUCUUCUCAAAGGAUGCAACUGGGGAGGUGACCUAUGUUCUUGAGCGCCUCUUGCCGGGGCAAAGGAUUGGAGCGAGCUCUUGGUAUAACUUCGCCAGAGACUUGCUGACUGAGGCGGGGAUGGAGAACUAUGUGAAAGAACCGACUCUUUUCCGUGGCAACAACACCAAGGAGCGCUCAGGUAUGAUACUCCACGCAGAUGACGGGUUGCUUGCCUCUUCGGCCAAGGAAAGAGAGCGCAUUCUUGGAGUGCUCCGUUCCCGUGUGGUGCUUCAGGUGACCAAUCCCUUGCUUAGGCCGGGAGAUGAAAUAGAAUUUCUGAAGCGGCGCUAUGUGUAUAGCGAGGAGGGCAUCGUGGUUUUCCCGAGCAACAGAUAUGCUGAGGCCCUCUUCGAGGGAGUUGGAAAAGGUGCCAAGCCACGUGACACCCCAGCAGACAAUAGCUUCCUGGAGAAGGACACAAGCCGCGAGCUCGAGGAGACUGAGGCUCGCAAGUACAGGGAGGCCGUUGGAAGGCUUUUGUAUUUGAGUCAUUCAAGGGGUGACUUGCAGUUUGCAACAUGUAUUCUUGCAAGCAAGAUGGCUCAGCCAACGGCUAUGUCCUGGAGGUGGUUGCAAAGGGUGAUUGGUUAUCUCAAGAAGGUUCCUAUGGUUGGUAUUGUCUUGAAGCCGGCCAGCCCAGAUGCCUGUUUUGGCUACGGAGGAAAGCCCAGCAGCCUGGGACCUGGAGCCAAGGUGGUCGUUGAGUCGAUCACCGAUGCUGAUUGGGCAGGUGACAAGCAGACCCGCCGGUCCCGAACCUCAAUCCAGAUCUUUGUGGCAGGAAGUAUGGUUGCAAGCUUUGUCCGGAGCCAGCGCUCCAUUGCGCUGUCAAGUGGGGAGUCGGAGUUCAUUGCUUUGGUUGGUGGCUCCUCCGAGGCUCUGUAUAUUGCCGACUGCUUGCGUUUUCUUGUUGAAGCGGAGGGUCUGGAGAUAGAGGUGAGAAGCAGGUCGGACUCAGCAGCGUGCCGAGGGAUCACCCAGCGAGUUGGGUGCGGCAGGGUGCGCCAUCUCGACGCAUCCCUCCUUUGGGUCCAGAUGGCUGUGAAAGCCAAGAAGCUGGUCAUUGGGACCGUGGCUGGGAGCUUGAAUCCCUCAGACAUUGGGACAAAACCGCUGGCAGGUCCCCGACUUCGUGAGUUGAUGUUCCUCAUGGGCGGCCGCACAGUAGACAUGGAGCCUUAUGGCGAGCAGGACCACAACGAGGCAUGUGCAAAGCGGGGAAUGGCCAAGGCCUUUAAGGAGAUUCGUGACAGCAGCAGCACAGGCGUCAGCAUACAGCACGUCAAGCGCUACCUCCCACUCCUGGUUUUACUUUGUCAAGCUGGACAAGUGGAAGGCUUGAGCCUGGCAGGUCCUCUCUUAGCAAUGGUCGACAGCGAGUUGGUCAGCCUGGUCAUGACAACGGUUUUCCUAGGGAGCUUCUUUGUGGCAAUGUUCCUUGGGGUGCCAGUUGGUCUGUUCUGGGUCCUUGCUAAAGUUUGCUGCUGGCAGAGAAGAGAGAGGUAUGGAGUCUAUGUGGAGGUGGGAGUGCAAGCCAACUUGGGAAUGUCCAAGAAAGAGGAGAUCUUCCAGCAGGAAUAUGUGCAGCGUGUGACAGAGCUGCGUGGACAGUUGAGUGAGAAAUGCGAUGAAGUGAGAGAGUUUGAGCAGCUUGUAAAGCGGCUGCGAGGUGACAUCAGGGCUCUUGAGAGAGAGCUUGUCACCACAAGAGCCAACACGAGGCUACCGGAAACGGUUGUAGCAGGGGUAGACUUUUCCGUUAGCGCACACAUGCCUGUAGACAG